AUGGAUCCUCCAGCCCCGGAGACUCUGCUGUACCUUGGUGCGCUAGACGAGGAAGGAGAUCUGACCGAGUCCGGCAGGAACAUGGCUGACUCCCCAGUCGAACCUCAAAUGGUUCCGGCCGCCAUUAUGUCUUCAAGUGAAAAACCGUCCAGAAAGAGUCGUCGUAUCCGUGGUAUGUCUGCUACCAGUGAAGAUGCCGCGGCCGCUGCUGCUGCCUCCGCGGCCGAUGAGGCGUUCCCCGAGGGGUUCUCAUCGUCGCAUUCCUCCUCUUCCCUUCUCGGAGCGCCUGUGCAAGAGACUCAACCGCCGCCUCCUCCCCCCCCUCCUGUAGCCUCCCCGCAAUCUCCCCAAAUCGGUACUGGUGCUGCUGCUGCCGUUGAUGUUGGCCCUAACCUCAGUGGUGUGGAUCCUGUGUUUGAUUCGCCGCAAAUGAUUGAGGAGGUGAGGGGACUGGAGGAAGCUUUGGCGGCUUCCGCCGCUCCUGUGAGCGGUGAGGCCGAGGGCCCAGUACCCAGCACAGAGUUGCCACCUGGGUUGUCGUUCACCAGUAUGUUACUUACCGGCCUGAUCAACCUCGAGGCUACUGUGAAUAUUCUCAGUUCCAAGAUGGAUCGCAUGCUAGGUUAG